ACUCUGGAUAACUGGAUUUUCAUCGGUUCUUCACUAUUGAGCAAUAUCGAACUUCGAGACCUUUCUCUCGACGCUAAACUCAGAAUGGAUCUAAAUUUUAACAUUUGCCAGCCAGACACCAAUGAGAAAAAGCACUCUACUGAUGACCUUGGAAUCAAAUCAACCCAUGUCAUAAACCUGGGAGAAAAUGCUCACGCUAUCGGAACACAGAACGGAAAAAAGGAAUUCGGAAGCUCGGAACAUGUCUGUCUGCCCACAGUUUUUGAGGGUAAAAUUACUCAUGAAAGGAAAGUACUCCAAAAAGAGAAGUUAACAAAUAUGGUCUCCUGGCGGAGGUCUGGGUCAAAUCAUGACGUCAGACGCAGCGAUCCUCGGGCACUAUCCCCAUGCUUCCCGAGAUAUUCAUCCCAGGAGAGCCUGGAUGAUAACAUUCCAAAAUCGCCCACUGUAGGACGUACGUUUCAGCGCAAAAUCUCUAACCCACUCCCCACGGAUUCAAAGAAGAAGUUGCACUUGAGAAUUAGGGGAAGAGCUCUUUCGGAUUCUCCCGCGGAAGCCCUUAUUAGUCCUGUUGUCCCGCGCAAACAUCUAAACCCUGAAAACGACUUUAAUUAUUGGCAAGUACAAGGAGGUUUAUCGCGCGUCAAGUCUUGUCCUGUAAUCAAAUCUGAAUCAAAUGAGCGACUCGGCGAUCUUUCACUUUUACUGACAAGUAAGUCGUCUUCGGCUGUACACUCGACUUUUAAAGCCGCUGGCCUUGACAGAUUACCACAGAUUCACCAAGAGGAUAGUCCAAUGUUGGUGCGCACGCGUAAAACAUCCAACGAAAGACCGAGAGAGCUGUUUAAUGUGAGUCCCAUUAUGGGUCAGUCUGGUAAUUUCUUAAGCAAACCCAACAUAGCUAACGAUAAUCAGUGUGAUUUUACUGAUAAAGUAGAAUACUAUCUGUAUAGUAUGUCUUUUGACGAUGAUAAAGCUUCUAUAUCUGGUUUAAGCGACAGUUGAUUGUUAUUCACGCCGUGCUAUCCUGAGUGUUUGAUGUGGUAGUUCAAGGCGAUGUAGGUGUUGCACCUUACCAUGAGGACAAGAGCGUGUUCUACAGAUGAUCAACUUCACGCGCCUAAAAUCUGAAGUGUGCCAAAGGUUUCAUUGUACGAUAAACUAAAAUGAACUGCUUUGCUUCACUAAAUUCAACCCUCCAUUACUAUACUGAGUCGAGACAUUCGUCAUGACCUAUGCUCAUAUUCUCCGCAUCUUUUGCUUUCAGCAGCUCAAAUGAUUAUCAUCUUUUUUCCUUUCCGGUUUGAUUGGGAAUAAAUAAAAAUAGAUGGAGACUUGGCUUAAAUCAACUGGAAACAUGCCACAAAUGGUAACCAAGAUCACGCAAGAAUGUUUGAUUAAAUUGUUUGCAAAGUUUGUUUUUAACGUUUAAAUCAAACAUUGAGACAAUUCUGUCAAUUCUAUUAGCUGCUUGCAAAUAAAUCCUAAUAAAUCGCCUCACGCUAUUGGA